AUGCAGGAACCUGAAGAAUCGCAAAAGGUGUUUGACGAUAUGUUCGAAUGGAUUAACAGUCGUACCGAAGAGGUGAAUCAGCGUGAAGAGUGA